ACAUCCCUCCAGGCGUAGCUUCCUCUCUUCCUACAAAUUGCCUACGAUUCCUUGUCUCAUUCUAGGGCUUGACUUCCAAUACCACAAGUCCAAGAUCAUUGACCAAUUUAUUGUCUCCAAAGAUGUCUUAAAAGAGAAAUGACUCCUCAAGUGGAGCAUGUUAGGGCUGAGAGGAACUUAUUGGCAGAAGUCGCCAGCCACUUCAUAGUAAAGUUAUACUACAGUUUUCAAGAUGCUGAGUAUUUGUAUCUUAUUAUGGAGUAUCUCCCUGGUGGUGACAUGAUGACUCUGCUUAUGAGAGAAGACGUGCUGUCUGAAAGUGUGACUAAAUUUUACAUUGCUCAAAGUGUCCUGGCCAUUGAAUCCAUUCACCAGCAUAAUUAUAUUCACAGGGACAUCAAACCUGACAACCUGAUCUUUGAUAAAAAUGGUCACAUGAAGCUCUCCGACUUUGGCCUUUGCAAGCCUCUUGAUUGCCGAACUUUGUCUAGUGUGAAUGAAAAUGAGGCUAUGGAUGAUGAGAAUAUAAGGGAACCAAUGGAUGUUGAUGGUCGUUUUCCAGAUGCUGCUCAUGGUAGUAGCUGGAAAAGUCCUCACGAACAACUUCAACACUGGAAGAUGAAUAGGAGAAAGUUGGUAAGAAAGCAUUAAACAAAUUCAGAAUCAUUUUUCUCCCCUCCCCUCACCCAGGGGAAAAAUCCCUGCUGCAUCUAAGUCAUGUUUGAAGGCAUAUGAGAUAAUGCUUUUAGUAAAAGGAAAACAUAAUAAUAGGCAAAUAUGGAGUCAGUGCUUUUAAGAUGUCUGUCCAUAUAAUUACACCAAAUAUGAGGUCUUUUUUUAUUAUCUGGUUUCUGCUAAUGUAAUGGACUAUAUGAUGGAUGGCUGCCCAUCCUCAAUUUUUAGAUCAAACUCACAUGGACGAAUAUGCUUGUAUGAAGGAAAGUCCACAAUGAUUACAUAGAUAUUUAAACUUUCUUGGACGAAAUUCUUAAUAGCUAUAAGCCGUACUCAUUAAAUUUUGAAAUUUCCAGUUCUUAUAUGCAGCUUUCUGUCCUGUUCCUAUAGUUAGAUCAGAUGCCAUAUAUUGGCCAUUGAUAUUUAUGCCUACUGAUAUUUCUAAUACAUGAUACUCCAUGUUU